AUGCCUCCAUCAAGACCAAAGCCGUCAGAAAUAGCAGCCGAAGCAAAACGCGUAUGGAUGCCGCAUAUCUGGAAGCAUUACAUCCGAGACUCCAAAACCUCAUACCUGUACCCAGACUCCUCGCAAAUAAGGAUCAACGUGGACAAGCGAUCAUCACAACGCACGAGAGUAGCAGUCAUGGAAGGCGACCCCGUGAACUACGCUUUGGGCUGGUACCAAAGUGCUGUCAACGCAGACCCAGAGUGCAAGCGGAUACCAGUGAUCAACGUAGCAAACGAGAAGCGCGCUGGAGGUGACUGGGAAUCUGGGCUCAUGGCACCAGAGGAAUGCUUCGCGCGGAGAAGCAACCUCGUGCAUGCCCUGACAAUGCCCUGGAACGCGCAAUUGGGCCGAGAAGAAAACUAUUACCCAAUACCACAGACAGGCGGCAUCUACUCCCCUGAAGUCUUUGUUUUCCGGGCAGGCCCAGAUCAAGACUAUGCAACUUUCACAGACAUAGCGUCCUUACCUGUAAUAUCCGUUGCACCCGUGCGGCGUCCCAAGCUUGACGAGAGCGGCUGCAAGUAUUCGUUUGCACAAGAGAAGGAGCUCAUGAAGGAGAAAAUGCGGGCAGUACUGCGAAUCGCUUCCUACUGCGGGCACAGGAACUUGGUAUUGGGCGCUUUUGGACUAGGGCCUAUAUUCCGAAACCCGGCACAGGAGGUAGCCCGAAUGUGGAGGAAACUACUCUUCGAAGAGGAGGAGUUCCAUGGCGCAUUCCAGGAUGUCGUGUUUGCCAUCGACAGUAGUAUGGUUGGGUCGCCGAGCAAAGGGUGCGCGUCCGAUGUGGAGAUUUUUAGGCGCGAGUUCGACCCUGCGACUAUUUGGCCGACAAAGUGGUGA